AUGGUAUACCGACGUCAACCGCCCAAGCGAUACGCAUGCACCCGCUGCGUCAGACACAAAGUCAAAUGCGUUCCUGUAGCGGGUGGCUCGGCAUGUCAGCGCUGUAUUCGCCUUGGCCAUCCGGCUUGUGUCUUCCCUGCUGAGAUGCGCGGAAACCCUAGUACUGCUGCCUCUACUCCGGCCUCCAACGAUACAAACGAACAUGACAAAAAUGAGGAAAACGGAAAGGAACAUGGUCGGGACCUCACUGGCCAGAUCCAGGAAAUCAUCAGCCCAGAUCAAACAACAACUCUUUUUAGAAAAUACAUUGAACAGAAACAACCACACUUCCCCUUCGUCAUCAUUUCACUAGAACACGAAGCAGACAUUCAAGUCUUACGAGAACAGUACCCGUUUCUUAUACUGUGCGUGUUGACUGCAUCUAUGGAGCAUAACCCGGCAGCGCAAGAGAGAUUAGAAGGCCUUGUCCGGAAGGAAAUCGCAACCCGUCUUGUCGUGAAGCUUGAACGGAAUAUGGACCUCCUGAUGGGCUUACUCGUACACGCCGCUUGGUAUCAUUAUCAUUGGAGAAGCUACCAUACGCAGAUGUACAUGCUGCUCCAGAUGGCGGUUAUGGUCGUGGGGGACCUAGGGCUUGAUAGGCAGCAUGGAUUUAGGAUGCAGACUAUUCCGGUCAAUGGGAAGGAAUUAGACCAUGACCAUACCGCUCUAGAUGCUUGCCGAAAGGAAACGAGACAUCAGCCUGCUCAAAGUGCUGCUGGUAAGCGCGCUUUGCUGGGUUGUUAUUACCUUUGUUCAACAUCGUCGCUUUUCCGGCGGCAGCUAUAUAUGCGACAUACGCCGUGGGUCAAUCAAUGCGCGGCAGCUUUGGCUGAGAGGGCCGAGUAUCCGACAGACGCAAGGCUCAAGACUUAUAUUGAUGUCCACGUCCUAGUGCGCCAGAGCCAGCUUCUCUUCGACGAAGAGCGUCAGUAUCUGGAUUCGGUUUCUGAUGGACCUUAUAUCAGGGAACAGAUCACUGAACUUAGAACACAGCAACGAGCGCUAACGGAGACCUCGUUAGGGUCGCUUGGCAGUGAUACAUGCAAAGCCUGGCAGUUACGCAUCGAGAUUGGAGGUGCAACGGCAUUGAUACUAGGUCAAGCACUGAGCGGGCAGCAACAUGUCUUCAAGCUCCAGGAAAUGAACCAACUUGAGGCCCUCACAGAGUCUGCGCAUCAUGUCGUGGACACGUUCCUGGCUGCUCCUGUGUCAGUUGCAGCUCACCUUUCUGCCCCGGCAUAUGCCACCAUCUGGUAUUGUUUACUCGUUCUGUCAAAACUGAGUAUACUGUUUCAUCCUAAUGAGCACCGAGCCAUUGGGGUGGAUAAGAAGAGGAUCCAUGAUAUAGGCGUCGCUAUAAUGGCAAAGUUCAAAGAGCUCGCGCCUGAGAAUGGAAAAGAGAAUUUCUGGGCUAGGUCGAGCAACGUGAUCGCAAAUAUGCUGGCUUGGUUGCAGAGGUCAAAUGGCAACGCCAGCGGGAACUCUCAGCCGAUAUCUGUGGGACAUGAUACCCUUGGCAAGCCUGGGUCAGAUGCCUCACAGGAUCACGAACCGAAAUCAAGUCUGGCUCAGCAGGCUGUUUGGCAAUCAGCGGGCUCCCCGGGGAAUAUCGCACCCAUGGACAUGUGGCUUCAGCCGGUAGACGCUUUUGAUCCCAGCCUUUGGCAGCAGAUGCUCGACAAUUUUACCUGGUUUGGCCCAGUUGCGGGGGAUAGCCUCGGGUUUGAUCACCACGGCAUCUGA